UGUAAUGGAACUGUCGAACAUAGUGGGAGUAGAAGAAACCCUAAAACCACAAUUUGGCGCCAGAAUUGAAAACGAGAAAUCCCUACCCAUUGUUUUCGUUGUCUUAAAUCCAAAACCCCUUUUCAUUCUUUCCUCACAUUUCCCUAUGAAACCCUCUCUUCUUUAUUCUUCCAUAAUUUCAUUUCUUUCUAUGAUAAAUACUUUCUCUGUGCUCUCGUUCUCUGGUCAUCUCUCGUUCUCGGUCCUUUGGCCAUGGGACGUGGUAGAAAGCGGCAGCUACCGCAGUUAACCCUCGAUAUAUCGUCGGAACUGCCGGAAACCGAGGAAGAUGGAGGCGGCGAUGUUUUGCCACAGGGAAAGGAGCAAUCUUUGGAAAAUCAAGAACACUACAGUGUAAUCGGCGACGUAAACCGGGAGAAACCGGAAGGAAUUGAAGAGAGUGGGACGGAAAUUUAUGGUUAUGUGGAGGAAAUUGGAGGUGGGUUUAUAAAUAAUAAAUUAAUUAUUGAGGUUGGGGAAAAGAAGGCGGUGGAAAUUGAGGAGAAAUGGAAAGAAAGUAGUGAGAAAGCGGUGAAAAAUUGUGAUUCUGGGAAGGAUGGAGGUAUGAGGAUGGGGAAGAAGCGUGGUAGGAAGCCCAAGAAAAAUAAGGAAAGAUUGCAUGUUCAGGAUGCUGAGUGUGGAUCUGUUGAACGGAGUGGUGAAAAAGUGGAAAAGGUUGAAGAGGAAAGCCUAGCGAAUGGUCAGACGAUGAAAGAGAAAGGUGAAGUUGAAGAGGCUGCUGCGAAGUGUAUUCGUAGAAGAGGUAGAAAGAAAGGAAGCAGAAAUGGCGGCAAAGUUGCUGGCUUAAAUCAGAAACAAAAUGCUUUUGUGGCUGAGAAAGGAGCAGAAGAUGGUGAAGAAUUGCAAGACAGUGUUGUAAAAGAUGGUGAGAAGUGGGACAAUAUGGGGAGACAGAGAACUCUAGAUUUGAAAAAUGAAGUUUUUCUGAAGCAGGACGAAGAAGUUGUAACGCCUGGGAAUGAGGGAACUGAUAUGGUAAAUCAGGAGAAUGGUGGUUCUAUCGAAGUCAACGAAAAUUCUUACCGGAAGAAACUGAGAGCUAAUGAAAAGAAGGUGAGCUAUGCUGAGAAAGGUGAAGAAGAUGAAGAGGUUUCAGUCAGGAAGAAGCGUGGUAGAAAGAGCAGGAAGGUGGCUAAAGUCACAGGAAAAGAGGGUUCAGAAAUAGAGACAGUUAAUGAAAAUGGAGAUUUAGCUGAAGGAAACGGAAAGGAAGUGACAAAAAGAGGGCGAAAGAAGCAUAAUAAGGAGAGGAAUGAUGGUAAAAGGGAAUCUCUGACAAUCAACGGUGGCAUGGUUAAUUCGUUGCGGCAAGAUGCGAAGGAGCUUGAAAUUAACAAGCACAGUGAUGAGUUUAUUGCGGAGCUUUGCUUAACUAACUGCCAUCAGUGCAAGCGGAAUGAUAAAGGUUCUGUUGUUUGUUGCCAGAAAUGCGAGACGAAGCGAUACUGCAUCCCCUGCUUGACUAACUGGUAUCCUAAGAUGACAAUGGAUGAAGUUGCUGCUGCUUGUCCAGUUUGUCGCGGAAAUUGCAAUUGUAAAGCUUGCUUGCGUGAUACUUCAAAAAAAUGCCUGGACAAACUGAAAAGCCUGGUUGUCAGUGAUGAUAGGAAAGUACUGUAUUCUAAGUACUUGCUCCAAGCACUUCUCCCAUACCUGAAACAGUUGAAUGAAGAACAAAUGAUGGAGAGAAAGAUUGAAGCUAGGAAACAAGGUGUAUCACUUGCAGAGUUACAGAUACAAAAUGCUAAUUGUCCUACGGAUGAACGCAUUUAUUGCGACAACUGUAGAACCUCCAUCUUUGAUUAUCACAGAAGUUGUUCAAACUGCUUUUCUGAUCUUUGCCUUAUCUGUUGUUGGGAGAUUCGUGACGGACACCUAAAUGGUGGAGGCCAAGAGCUGGUUGUGGAGUAUAUUAACAGAGGGUUUGAUUAUUUACAUGGCGGAAAGAGUGAAGUUAUUUUACAAGAUGAGGUGUUACUUGGAACUAGCUCUAAGGAUCCUCCAAGGUCAAACUUUGGAUGGAAAAAAAAUGAAGAUGGAAGCAUUGUUUGUCGUUGCGGUUUUAGCAACCUGGAAUUGAAAUGUUUGUUCUCAGGAAAUUGGGCUCUAGAGUUAAUGAAGAGAGCAGAAGAUGUUGCACGAAGAUAUGAACUUGACAUGGCUACAACUCCUGUUGAGCGAUGUGCAUGUUUUAAUUCCUUAGGGGAUGUUGACAUGGGAAGUAAUGAGUUGCUAAAAGCAGCAUCUCGAGAGAAUUCUGAUGACAAUUAUUUAUACUAUCCAAGGGCCAUCAAUAUCAAAGAGGAGGAUUUGAAGCAUUUUCAAUACCAUUGGAUGAGAGCUGAACCUGUGGUAGUUAGUAAUGUUCUUGAAACUGGAACUGGCUUAAGUUGGGAGCCAACGGUCAUGUGGCGUGCCUUCCGCCAGAUAAGAAAUGAAAAACGUGACACACUUUUGGAUGUGAAGGCCAUUGAAUGUUUAGCAUGGUGUGAGGUAGAUAUUAAUGUUCACCAAUUCUUUACCGGAUACUUGGACGGUCGGUUUGACACAAAGAUGUGGCCUCAGAUACUGAAAUUGAAAGACUGGCCUCCAUCUACUAUGUUUGAUGAACUUAUGCCACGACAUGGUGCUGAAUUUACAUUUUGUUUGCCCUUUAAGGAGUACACACAUCCUCAUAAAGGACCUUUGAACCUUGCUGUCCGAUUACCUAAGGAGUCGUUGAAGCCAGAUAUGGGGCCAAAGACAUAUAUUGCUUACGGUUGUGCUCAAGAGCUUGGACGUGGAGAUUCUGUUACCAAGCUUCAUUGUGACAUGUCUGAUGCAAAACUGAAAAUAGGGAGAAUGAUUGGCACUGGUAGAUUGCAAGAUGGCUUGUAUUUGUUGGAUGACGGUACUAGUUUCUCAAACUCUAAAGCUUUGGUGAAUGUUUUAACACAUACAGCUGAAGUGACCCUUGGUCGUACACAACUUGCUACUAUAGAACAAUUGAAAAAAUUACACAGAGAGCAAGACCAAAGAGAAAUUUUUGGAAACAAUCAGGUUGUAGAGGAAGAUAUUGAUGGCAAAAUGCAUGGUAGUUUUUGUGGUAGCUUACCGACUACUGAUAAGGAAACUGGGGAAGUUGACAACCAAACUGAGGAUUCUCAGUUUACUGAUUGUGCCUUUUCAAGUAAAUCAGAGUUGAAAAUUAGCAAGCAGGCAGAAGUAUGUCAAGAUAAAUUAGAGCUGAAAUGUUGCGAGGCAGAUGCUGUUCAAGGUAGAGGCACUGAGAAUAGUGGGCCAUCAAGUUCUGGAAAUGUGUCAUUGCGGUCAGAUGAGGGAGGUGCUGUUUGGGACAUUUUCCGAAGAGAAGAUGUUCCUAAGUUGCAGGAAUAUCUUAGCAAACACUUCAAAGAAUUUAGGCACAUUCACUGUUGCCCAUUGCAGAAGGUUGUUCAUCCUAUACAUGAUCAGACCUUUUAUUUGACUCUAGAACAUAAGAGGAAGCUGAAAGAGGAAUAUGCUAUUGAGCCAUGGACAUUUGUCCAGAAGCUUGGAGAUGCGGUCUUUAUUCCUGCAGGUUGUCCUCAUCAAGUGAGAAACUUGAAGUCAUGUAUAAAGGUAGCAUUGGACUUUGUUUCACCGGAAAACGUUGGUGAGUGUAUCCGUUUGACAGAGGAAUUCCGUUUACUUCCCCCAAAUCAUUGGGCUAAAGAAGACAAGUUGGAGGUGAAGAAAAUGUGUCUUCAUGCUAUGAAUUGGGCUGUGGAAGUUUUGGAUCACGGUGGAGAGCGUCAGAGAACAGAGGAAGAUGAGGAAAAGCAAACUGCAAAGAAACAGAGAAGGAAGAAACGGAAAUCUUCAGGGUGAUAGACUUGCUUGGUAUCUAUGCCUUAUUUCAGCAUGUUUUAUACCCUUGCCACUAGCAGAUAGUUGUUCACUAGGCUGCUAAUAUGAUUAUUAUGCUACUCAUGCCCUUUAAACUGUUGUUAAUUGGUUUAUGGUUUACCAUGCCACUGGAAAAUCAUCCUUUGGGCUACCAGAAUCACAAGCAGUUGUUCCACGGGCUACCAACAGAACCUGCAGAUUGCCUUUCCUUUGGCAGAAAUAUUUUGUUGUGUAUAAAUGAUUGCUGUAAAUCUCUCCUCUCUAGAUCUCUAGUUAUAUUGAAGAUUUUCAUUCAUCUUUAAACAGAUGAGCCAAGGAUGAAUUCUGUUCAGUCUAUUUAUAUGGGUUUUUCCUAGUGUAGUAGAAAUUAUUGGUGACAUAAUUGCUUUGUUUGGUUUAUGGAAAACCAGUCGACGAUGUGUUUACC